AUGUCCCCAACCAACAUCGUCCUCAUCACCGGUGCGAACCGCGGCAUCGGAUACGGCGUCGCUCGCAACCUCGCAAAGCAGCACCCCGAUUACCUCGUCAUCAUCGGGAGUCGAGACGCAGUAAAGGGACAAGAAGCCGCAUCCGCUCUUAAUGCCGAGGGUCUGACAUCGGUCACAAGUGUUGAGAUCGACGUCACCUCGGACGAUUCCAUUGCAGCCACCAAAGUCUACAUUGAAGAAAAGUACCAGCGCGUCGAUGUUCUGAUCAACAAUGCCGGAAUCGCACUCGAUAUCAAAGACCGUGGAAAGUAUCCGCUCCGCGAGAUGAUGCAGCGGACAUACGACGUGAACGUUUUUGGUGCAGCGUCCGUGACACAGGCGUUCAUACCAUUACUCGAGAAAUCCGAGAAUCCGCGGAUCGUAUUUACGUCUUCGACGGUUGGCUCGCUGGCACGGGCCUCUGACCUAACGAACCCGUGGGCUACAGCGCCGAUUCCGGCGUAUAGCACCAGCAAGGCGGCGCUGAAUAUGCUCAUGGUGUACUAUGCGAAUAUCCUCCGGGAAAAGGGAUUCAAGGUCAAUGCGUCGUGCCCGGGACAUAUUGGGACCGAGUUGAAUAGCUACCGGGGCACUGGGACUGUGGAUGAGGGGGCAGCGAAUCUGGUUCGACUGGCGGUGCUUGGGAAGGAUGGAGAGACUGGCACAUUCUCUACUUCUCACGGUCCCCGGCCGUGGUAG